GCGCCAGCCGCGCCGGCCGCGCCAGCCGCGCCAGCCAAGCCGGUGCCGGCGGGGCAGGAAGUCGACGCCCUGCGGCCCCCGGUCCCCCGCGCGCCGCCCAAAGCCGCGCCCUUGCCCUGGGCGGGGCCUGUGGACGGCACGUUUUCCUCCGUGGCCGACCUGGACCCGGGCGGGGACUGCGCGGCCGUGGUCAAGAAGAGCUGCCCCGAGGUGAAGCGCGGGAUGGGCGCCGUCGCCAGAUGCGUCCACAUGGCCCUGCUGAAAGCUGGGGCGUUCAGGCCUCCGACGGGGGCCUUCAGGAGCAUGGUGGAGGAGCUCACUCCGUGCAUGGUGGAGCUCCGCGCCUUCCGCAAGACGUCCUUGCGGGCGACGCCCACCAAUCUGACGAACCUCUGGCCCGUGGAGCCGGUUGAGGGCAUUCGCGAGGCCUGCAGGCUGGACGCCGCCAGGUCGUGCCCCGGCAUGGUGGGCGCGGAACUGACCGCGUGCCUCAGGCAAAAGCGCUUCAGCGUUGGGAAGAAGACGGAAAAGCUGUCGGCCGCCUGCGCCCAGAAGGUCUUCGAGCUGCAGCAGCAGCUCUCGCAGGACGUGCUGCUGUCUCCGGAGCUCAGCAACGCCUGCCUGGAGGACCUGAAGAGGAUCGCCGUUUGCAAACCGCUUCCGGGCAGCAUCAUGCGCGCCUCGUGCUUCAAGGAGCACAAGAAGGAUCUCGGUGAGAAAUGUCGCGCCAAGCUGUUCAAGUUCGAGGUGCAGUCUGCGGAAGACGUCCGGCUGAACGCGGACGUGUACGAGAACUGCGCAGACGAGAUCAAAGAGUCUUGCGGCGACAAGGAGUUCGGCGAGGCCCGGAUACUGCAGUGCCUGUGGGAGACGUCCAGGGUGCGCUCGGCCACGAAGAGGUUCAGCUCCCUCUGCAAGGAGAAGGUGCUAUCUCUGACUACGGAGAGAAUGCAGGACUACCGCCUGGACUUUGGAACCCGCUCGAAGUGUGCGAAGGACGUGGACGCCCUGUGCGCCGCCGAGAAGGCCCUCGUCGACAACCUGACCAUGACUGAGCUCUUCGGGGCCGAGGAGGGCGACCCCGACGCAAAAUCGGGCCAGGUGCUUCGCUGUUUGAAGAUGAAGUUUGACGAUAUCACGUCUUCGCAGUGCAUAGAGGAGAUCCAGCGCGUGAUCCGAGUCCAGGCCGUGGACGCGAAGGCGGACGCGAUCCUCAGCCGCGAGUGCAGGGACGACAUUGGCCUCUACUGCAAAGGCGUUGCGCCGGACGCGGUGCACGGCUGCCUUCGCAGGAAGAUGAACGUGUUGAGCCCAGGAUGCCUGAAGGCUGAGGCGCUCCAGGGGACGCUGGAGGCGAGCAACAUCUAUAUGAAGCCCAAGAUGGCGACUUUAUGCAAGACCGCGCUCGUCACCUUCUGUCGUGACGUCCAGCCCGGUCACGCCGAGGCCAUCCGGUGCCUGCAGGACCACAUGAGCGACGCGGGCUUCCCCGCCAGCUGCAAGGAGGAGGUGUACGAGGAUCUGCUCGCGAGCAACCACGACUGGCGCCUGAAGUACGGUAUUUCGCACAUGUGCAAGGAGGACGCCGCCACCCUGUGCCAAGACGUGCUCGAGGACGGCGCCGGCCAGGUCCUGGCGUGCCUGAAGAACGCCUACGCGGAGGAAAACAUCGAGGACAAGGGCUGCAAGGACGAGAUGCUGCGCUUCGUCUCGCAGGGCAUCAGCGACAUCCGAUUGGCCCCCAACACGUACAAGGACAGCGCCCGCGAGGUCUCCUCGUCCUCAUUACCGUGUGCAGGGAUGACCGCGCCGACAUCGAGCACGAGUGGGUUGCCCGUGCCGAGGGCGCUCUGGCGACGCUGGGAACAGACAAGGUGUCUCUGAGGGCCGCAAUCUGUCUUGCGAUACUGUUAGCGAGGGGCGGUGUCCGCGAAAGCCCCAGAGUCUUGCUGCCCUGACUUCGGAUCUGCUGAUUUCCCGACUUGCAGAAUUAUAUCG